AACAACAUUUAUAUCCUGCCUUUCUCCUAUGACGAAACAAACACAGGGCAAAAGAACCAAUACAAAUGGUCUCCCAUCCAAGUAUUCACCAGCUCUGGGACCUGCAGCUGAUUUGGUCCUCUGUGAAUCGGAAGGGCAACCUUGUGCCCUUGCUGUCCUCUAACCAGAAAACAGAAUUUGUUUUGGGACUGAGAUUGGUCAACAUUCUUAAAUUCUGUGCAGCAAAUGAUGGUGGAUUGUUGCUGGCUGCUUCAAACGUUAGGAAUUCUCCUGUGUAUAAGAAAAACAAUAACAACCCUUAUGCUUCAUUUGGAGCAACCCAGGCAUGGGAUGAAGAGAAGAACUUGUGGAGCGCCCCUCACGACAUCUCCCACACAGAAGCAGAUGAUGACCGGAUACUGUACAACCUCAUUGUGGUUAGAGAUAGAUUGGAAAAGGAUUCUGAGGAAUGGCAAAAGCUGAACUAUGACAUCUACACACUAAGACAAAUGCGAAGGGAAGUGAGAAACAGGUGGAAACGCAUUUUGGAAGAUUUGGGUUUCCAAAAGGAAGCAGAUACCCUGUUAUCUGUGACCAAACGAAGCAUCGUUAGUGACUCUCAGAAUAUGAGCAAAGCCCGUGAGUUCCUCUUGAAGCUGUCUGAGGAGACAACUAUUUUCCCAACAAGCUGGGAACUUUCAGAGAGAUACCUCUUUGUGGUGGAUCGUCUCAUUGCCCUCGAUGCUGCCGAUGAGUUCUUCCGCAUUGCCAGUGUAACCUAUCCAAAGAGAGUUCACACGUCGCAAGAUGAAGACAGACUGAAAACAGCCCAGUGCAAUUCUGCUCUGUCAUAACACUGCUCCUCUUGUGCUGGAAAUGGCUGUUGUUAUUUUCUGAAAGAUAAGCCAGAGUAGUGUGACUUCAUCCUUCAGACAAAACUGGCAUCUUUUGGAAGCACAGCAGGCAACCAGGAUGCAGCACCUACUGCCCAGCAGGUGGCAUGAUGCCAUAGAGACUUGCCUUGUCUCAGGACAUGAUCCAUGACAGGGACACUCAGACUUUGUUGUAAGCUUUGGUGCUAGUCUAGGUGCUGGUGGUAGUCUUACAUCUACAGCAGAGAUACAAAGAGUGCUCUGGUGGUGGUAGAAACUUCCCAUAUACUGUAAAAUGUUGCUUCUUGUGUAUGCAAUAUUUCUCACUUCACCAGCUGAGUACAAUGAUAUGUAUUUCCUGUAAGUGGCUGUUUUUCCCUCCUACCUGCCAGAGUGUUCUUGUUUAAGUGAAAUUCUAAUAGAGGGUGAAAGCUGCCAUUUUGUGAUGUCCCCCUUCUUCUCUGAGUACAUUGUGUGUUGUGCCAGCAAAACUCAUCUGUGCCCACCUAUGCAAUUAGAGAUUAUCUGUCUUGUA